AUGUCAUCGAGAAUACCGGCGCUAGUGCGGCACGUGCAGUCGUGCGGCCCCGCUGCACCUGCACCGGCACUAGUGCGGCACGUGCAGUCGUGCGCCCCCGCUGCACCUGCACCGGCGCUAGUGCGGCACGUGCAGUCGUGCGGCCCCGCUUCACCUGCACGGGCGCUAGUGCGGCACGUGCAGUCGUGCGCCCCCGCUGCACCUGCACCGGCGCUAGUGCGGCACGUGCAGUCGUGCGCCCCCGCUGCACCUGCACCGGCGCUAGUGCGGCACGUGCAGUCGUGCGCCCCCGCUGCACCUGCACCGGCGCUAGUGCGGCACGUGCAGUCGUGCGCCCCCGCUGCACCUGCACCGGCACUAGUGCGGCACGUGCAGUCGUGCGCCCCCGCUGCACCUGCACCGGCGCUAGUGCGGCACGUGCAGUCGUGCGCCCCCGCUGCACCUGCACCGGCGCUAGUGCGGCACGUGCAGUCGUGCGCCCCCGCUGCACCUGCACCGGCGCUAGUGCGGCACGUGCAGUCGUGCGCCCCCGCUGCACCUGCACCGGCACUAGUGCGGCACGUGCAGUCGUGCGCCCCCGCUGCACCUGCACCGGCGCUAGUGCGGCACGUGCAGUCGUGCGCCCCCGCUGCACCUGCACCGGCGCUAGUGCGGCACGUGCAGUCGUGCGGCCCCGCUUCACCUGCACGGGCGCUAGUGCGGCACGUGCAGUCGUGCGCCCCCGCUGCACCUCUGUCUGUGCGGGCUGCGGGCUCUCAACUACCCUGUGACGAGUCACUGACUCCCAGUUCCGCAUACCACAGGGCUGCCAGCUGCUACAAUCACACGCUUAGCUCAAAUCUUUUGUAA